AUGGCUUUGCUGAAGGGCAGAGAGUUUGAUAAGCAGAGUCAAGGCAGCAGACUGCCAAACAAGGCUUUGCUGAAGGGCAGAGAGUUUGAUAAGCAGAGCCAAGGCAGCAGACUGCCAAACAAGGCUUUGCCGAAGGGCAGAGAGUUUGAUAAGCAGAGACAAGGCAGCAGACUGCCAAACAAGGCUUUGCCGAAGGGCAGAGAGUUUGAUAAGCAGAGACAAGGCAGCAGACUGCCAAACAAGGCUUUGCUGAAGGGCAGAGAGUUUGAUAAGCAGAGCCAAGGCAGCAGACUGCCAAACAAGGCUUUGCCGAAGGGCAGAGAGUUUGAUAAGCAGAGACAAGGCAGAAGACUGCCAAACAAGGCUUUGCUGAAGGGCAGAGAGUUUGAUAAGCAGAGACAAGGCAGCAGACUGCCAAACAAGGCUUUGCUGAAGGGCAGAGAGUUUGAUAAGCAGAGCCAAGGCAGCAGACUGCCAAACAAGGCUUUGCUGAAGGGCAGAGGCAGAGAGUUUGACAAGCAGCGCCAAGGCAGCAGACUGCCUGACAAUUCUUUGCUGAAGGGCAGAGUCUCAUCUGGGGAGCCUGUUCAUCAUCUAUCUAUCUAUCUAUCUAUCGUAGUCUGUUCAUCUCUCUCUCCGUCUGUUCAUAUCUAUUUAUUCAUUUCAGCCUGUUCAUCAUCUAUCUAUCUAUCUAUCUAUCUAUCCCUGUUCAUCAUCUAUCUAUCUAUCGUAGCCUGUUCAUAUCUAUUUAUUCAUUUCAGCCUGUUCAUCAUCUGUCUAUCUAUCUAUCGUAGUCUGUUCAUAUCUCCUGUUCAUCAUCUAUCUAUCUAUCUAUCUAUCGUAGUCUGUUCAUCUCUCUCUCCGUCUGUUCAUAUCUAUUUAUUCAUUUCAGCCUGUUCAUCAUCUAUCUAUCUAUCUAUCUAUCGUAGCCUCCUGUUCAUCAUCUAUCUAUCUAUCGUAGCCUGUUCAUAUCUAUUUAUUCAUUUCAGCCUGUUCAUCAUCUGUCUAUCUAUCUAUCGUAGUCUGUUCAUAUCUGUCUCGGUCUGUUCAUAUCUAUUUAUUCAUUUGAGCCUGUUCAUCAUCUAUCUAUCUAUCGUAGCCUGUUCAUCUCUGUCUCGGUCUGUUCAUAUCUAUUUACUCAUUUCAGCCUGUUCAUCAUCUAUCUAUCUAUCUAUCUAUCGUAGUCUGUUCACCUCUGUCUCGGUCUGUGCAUAUCUAUCUAUCUAUUUCGGUCUGUUCAUAUCUAUCUAA